AUGUCCGGAGUGCCAUUUAUCAUAUCUGAAACAGAAGGCAUUGAGAUCGGAAAUGAGCAGCAGGUGAUGAAAUUUGGCAAGUUAUUGAACGAGUUCAGGUUCUUUGAUGGUAAAGCUAAAAUUAUAGAGGCGGAUCCACAUAUUAGAAGAACGGUACAACUGGUCAGAGAGUCUUUAGACUUGGUUAAUAAAGAGUUGAAUGCACCUACGGGUAAUGAAAGCUGGUCAAUCGAACACGGAAUGCAAGGAAAGGCGUUUGUAUGCGUUUACAAGUCGAGAAUAAUUGGAAUAUGCUCAACAGAGAAACCCCAAGCGGGUUAUUGGAUGGUUUAUGAAACAGGAUCGCUUGUCCCAAAUAGAAAGCUAGAUCUACAAACUGGGAUUUCCAGAAUUUACGUCAGUCAUAAGUACAGACGGCAUGGAAUUGGUCUCAAGUUAUUACAAGCAGUAGCAAAGAACAGCUACUAUGGACUUGUUCUUAAGGGAUAUCAAAUUGGAUGGAGUCAACCAAGUCAGUUUGGGGGGUUUCUAGCACGGCGGUUCAACGGUGUUAAGCAUAUCGGAUCCGGAAAGAUACUUAUACCCGUCUAUAAAGAGGAUGAGUAUUUAAAUGGUAAUAAGUAG